AUGCAAGCUCUAAAUAAGAACACAACAAACUUUUCAAACUAUUCUAAGAUAUCUGAGUCAUUGAAAGGGUGUGACUUAAAACUGACAUUAAACCCUAUAACAGAUGAGUUUCUAUUUCAAGACAAUAAGAACAAUACUGUCUGUAUAAAUCCAACAAAAGAAACUUUAAACGAGAAACCUAUAAAUGAACUUCUUUUGAAAGCAGAUGUUGACAACAAAGCUGACAAAGAAUAUGUAGACGAUGCAAUAGCAAAAGAAGAAGAAAGAGCUAACAAUGCUUAUGCAACAAAAGAACAUACUCAUCCUGAACUAGCAGACAAAACAUAUGUUGACAAUAAAAUGUCAAGUGAAGUGACAAGAGCUGAAAACGAAUAUUCUAAAAAGACUCAUAUACAUUAUAUUAACCAAAUACCAAGUCUUAAGGAAACAUUAGAGACAAAAGCAGAUAAGACUCAUACACAUACCAUUGCAAAUAUUACAAACUUACAAGAAACCUUAAACAGGAAAAGUGCCGUUGGACAUACACAUACCAUUGCAAAUAUUACAAACUUACAAGAAACCUUAAACAGGAAAAGUGCCGUUGGACAUACACAUACCAUUGCAAAUAUUACAAACUUACAAGAAACCUUAAACAGGAAAAGUGCCGUUGGACAUACACAUACCAUUGCAAAUAUUACAAACUUACAAGAAACCUUAAACAGGAAAAGUGCCGUUGGACAUACACAUACCAUUGCAAAUAUUACAAACUUACAAGAAACCUUAAACAGGAAAAGUGCCGUUGGACAUACACAUACCAUUGCAAAUAUUACAAACUUACAAGAAACCUUAAACAGGAAAAGUGCC